CCCUGAAGCCAUUCCUCAUGACCCCUUUUAUUAGGGUUGACAGUGAAUCAAAGGAAAGAUAUCAACAGGCACACACUCGGACAAGGGCCUGCAUCGAGAGAGCAUUUGGCAGGCUUAAGAGGAGAUUUCAUGUUUUACAUUCAGAGAUACGCCUCAGACCAGAAAAGGCAUGCAAGGUAGCUGUGGCAUGUGUAAUCCUACAUAAUAUUGCAGUGGACAUGAACAUGCCUAUGGACGACCAUGACUUCAUUCAGCCACAGAAUGGGAAUGAUGGAGUACACCAAGAUGGUGGUACUGGCGUUGCCACUAGAGACUUCAUUGUGGAAAACUUCUUCUCUGUGUAGUAUCGAUAUAUAUACCACUGCUAUCAUAAAUGCUCGUUCAUCAUCACCACUGCUCAUUCUUCAUCACCACUGUUAGUUCACCACUGUUAGUUCAUCAUCACCACUGUUAGUUAAUCAUCACCACUGUUAGUUUAUCAUCAUCGCUGUUAGAUUAUCAACAUCUUCAUACACCUCUUGAAGUAAAAAAUAAUAAUUCUUACAUUGUUUGCUCUUCAUUCAUAAUUGUUUGUGUAUUGUGUA